GCGCGAAACGUUGCCGGCUUCAAUUUCUCACUCACUCAUCCACCUUUGAAGAGAGCGGGAGUGCUUCAUUGCUUCACUGAACUUGUUCAAAUCUUUUCGUGUUUUGUACCCACAAACCCCCAACUCUACACUCAAAAUGGCCGACACCAAGGAAACCACCACCCCCACCACCGAGGAGGUCACCAAGACCGUCGAGGAGACCAAGGAUGACACCAAUGGUCACAGCAAUGGCGCUGCCAAGAAUGGUGAAGACAACGGUGCCGAGAAGAAGAUUGGGGAGGAGAAGAAUGGUGAUGCCAAGAAUGGGGAGGAGAAUGGUCACACUAAUGGCGAGGAGAAGAAGGAAGAGGAAACCACCGAGACCGCUACCACCACCACCACCCCCGCUACUACCACUUCCACCGAGGAGGAAGAGAAGAAGGAAGAGACCAACGGAUCUACCGAAGACAAGGAGGCCACCAAGCGGAAGGCUGACGAAUCCGGAGAUGCCGCUAAGGAGGAGCCUAUCCCCGUGUCGGCGGAGAAGAUCGCCAAACUGAAGGAAGGCGAGGAAGAGACCAAGAAAGAGGAGGCCACCACCGCCUAAGCGAGCUCAUGGCUGAACUGUCUCAUCAACCCAACUUGACUACAUAUAUUCCUGAAAGAUCAUCUCCCAUUAUAUGUUUUUGUACAAAAACUCAAACCUGAUCAGAUCCUCCAUUGUCGGAGCGGUUUUGGUCGGAUCCAUCCAAAGACGACCAGUGUUUUCAGUGCGCACAACCUCUUUCCUUCAAAUUCCCCGUCCACGCGAACAGCUCCCCUUGACGGAUGAACAACGGGCCUUCCAACAUCAGACUCAACCAGCCAUCGACCCGUGAACGCAUUCACCAACCACAUAAUCUCAUCUGCCCCCCCUCACAAUAACGCCUCCGUGGGGGGCGACGGUUCCAAUGGAGUUCGUCCUUAAGGGUCGUGGCGGAUCGUGGAUGACCACAAUCUUCAAAAACUUCUGAUGCCACAGACACAACUCCCGAAGCGAGAUCACAUCGAUUGGAUGGAUAUGUGUGAAUGUGAUCGAACGAAAGCUCGCGCAACCUAUGGUUUGCGCCCGGCGCGAAGUGACACCCGUGCGCCUUUGAUUCACUUCCCUCACUUCCUCUCAGCAGAUUUGUCUCUCGGGUUGGAUUCAUCGGAAAUGACAUCUUCGAACAAUCUCGUACUAACUCUACUUUCGCCAUCCGUGAAAGUAGCAGGACAUCUCUGAAUGACGACGGCCUUCUUUCUUUUCUCCUCGGUUCUCUUCUCAUCCUCAUCCCGCUUCUAACUCUCAUACCCCCUCCCCCUGUAUGUAACGAGCUACUACCGUUGGGUUCAACUGUAUUUCCCUAUUUUCGAUUCAAUCAUCAGUAUUUUUGUAACAACACAACCGGAAGUGUCCCUGUGCACGAGAAAUUAUCAUUUUGUCCGUGUAGCCGGCGGGCAUAACUGCAUUCCCCCUGUGUUUCGAAGAUGGAAUCAAUGUCCUGGAACAAAUGCAAGAACAACAGACUCUCGAACCAGCCAAUCUACCGUAUUUAGUAUAAAAAAUCAGUACCUAGUCUUCAAGGAGACGUACGUGCGAAUUUAGUUGACCGUGGUGUCUGGGGUUUUUUGAAAAAGAGUGUCAGAAAAAUAAACGUAAAAAAUCUUCAA